AUGGCCGAUGCAAUCCCCAAGAUCAUCACCACGCCUGCCGGUCGAAGCGCCGCUCUCCAGAGGGAGGAAACCGCAUCUUCAACCACGAUUGACGCGCCGUUGUCGAACAAGAAACUUGUCGCAAAGCUGAGAAGCCCUACAGCAUCACCUGCGCAGCAACACAAUGAUGCGCAACAAAAUGGAGGAAGCUUGGGAAGUGCGAUAGGACUGUCGGAAACACCCUUGGACCCGCUCUCGCAACAAAUCUUCAAUAGAACAAAUACGUCACCGGCGGCUCAGAAGCUUCGGUCGCAGAACUCGGAACCCGUCGCAAGUCAAUUACCGAGAGAGUCGAAUGAUAUUGGCAUGGAUAAGGUUAGUGGUGAGACAGCUCGCGGCGCUGGUGGGAGUAAGGCCGAUAAGAAAAGAGUGUCGUUUCUCAGUCGCUUUAUGGGCAGCACCAAGAAAAAGAGCAGCCCGGACGGUACAAGCGACAAUAGCUCCGAACCAGACGACCCACGUCACGAGGGUAUGAACGCCCAGCUCUAUGUCAACAACCUCAGUUUCAGUCCAAAAACCCCGCAUCCCCCGGCAUAUAUCAAAGUGAGGGCAAAGUUCAAGAAGGAGAAGGAGUUUGAUCGCGUCUUUCUCGCGCAAGAGCUGCGAUCUGGGUCGGGAAGGAAAAGUCCGCCGGCCGCUGGAUCAAACCCAGCGCCGCAAUCUGGAUCUGCAGCUACACAUAAUCCGAUAUGGGCUGUUGAAUUCAGCAAGGAUGGAAGAUAUCUUGCUGUGGGUGGACAGGAUAGAGUGAUUAGGGCAUGGGCCGUGAUAGACAGUCCAGAACGACGCCGAGCGCACGAGAACACUGAAAGAGAUCGCCAUGCGCAUCAUGAGGAGACCAAGCACCUCAGUGCGCCAGUGUUUGAGCAGAAGCCAAUUCGUGAAUACCAAGGACAUACGUCGACUAUCUUGGAUUUGAGCUGGAGUAAGAACAAUUUCCUCUUAUCUUCAUCAAUGGAUAAGACCGUACGCCUGUGGCACAUAAGUCGCGACGAGAAUCUGUGCACAUUCAAACACUCCGACUUUGUGCCUUCGAUACAGUUCCAUCCCACCGAUGAUCGAUUUUUCCUCGCUGGAUCCUUGGAUGCGAAAUUGCGGCUUUGGAGUAUUCCGGAUAAGAGCGUUGCAUAUUCGACUACAGCUCCAGACAUGAUCACAUCAGUCGCUUUUACACCCGACGGAAAGACGUGCAUUGCAGGCACGCUUGGCGGACUUUGCCUGUUCUACGAUACAGAGGGCCUAAAGUGGCAGGCACAGCUCCAUGUCAAAUCGACUAGAGGCCAGAAUGCAAAGGGCAGCAAAAUCACAGGUAUUCAGGCAACGUAUUGGCCACCGGGUAGUGAAGACGGUGAAGUCAAACUGCUGGUGUCGAGCAAUGAUUCAAGACUGCGGAUAUACAAUAUGAAGGAUAAGACGCUGGAGAUGAAGUUCCGCGGCCAUCAAAAUAUGUGCAGCCAAAUCCGGGCAACUUUCGCUGAUGGCACCGGACAUAUUGUGUGUGGAAGUGAAGAUCGUAAAACGUACAUUUGGUCGACAUCCGCGCUAGAAGGCGGUGAGAAAAGGGACCAGCGACCAAUGGAAAUGUUCGAAGCUCACAAUUCAAUCACUACUUGCGCGAUUAUCGCACCCAUGCAGACAAGACGGCUUCUGAGCGCGUCAGAAGACCCAAUCUUUGACCUUUGUAACCCACCACCGGUUACCUUGGUUUCAAAGGCGGAGUCUGUAGUAUCAUCGCGAGCACCUACGGAGACAGGAUCGGCACAUCUGACACCUGGACCUACAGACACACAAUUCAAGAAGGCAGCGGGAAGUCCAGCAUAUAUCGCACGUUCUGCACAUAGAGGAGGCAACAUUAUUGUGACAGCCGACUAUACCGGUGCACUCAAGGUGUUUCGACAAGACUGCGCGUUCCAGAAGCGCAUACGACAGAGUGAGCAAUGGGACACUACCCUAAUGAAAAGAGCAUCCGUCAUCGGCCGCCCAAGCAGCAUAAUUUCCCGUACCAGCCGGUCCCGACGAGACAGCGUAUCCACGCAGCCCCCCAACGAUCGCAUCAUGACCUGGCGCCAAGACAUAACCCACAGCAGCAUCGACUCCGGCACCUCCCUCUCCGUCCGCAGCGCCUCCUCCCGCAAAUCCCUCGCAGCCCUAAACCUCAACGCCUCCCCUUCCUCUCACUCCCAUUCCCCCAUCCUCCGGCCCCAGAAAACAAACGACUCCCACGACAUCCCCCGUCCCACCGACACCCCCGGCACCUCCUCCUCCCGCGAUCCCAGCACACCACCUAUAUACAGCACCACGCACUCCUCAACCUCCUCCUUACACAAGCACUCUGAAAAAGACGUUGAUUCUCCUCCCCCUCCCUCUCCUCCCGCCAGAAACAACUCGACCAUUAACGAUAAUCCAAACCCCCUCCUCCACCUCUCAGACCCCAUUUCCAACCCUCUAGCCCUACUCAACGGCCAGUCUUGGUUGUUCUGGACGAGCAGCGCGAAGAAAACUAUGGGUACGCCCGCGAGUUUGAGGCCGGAUUUGGCGGCGAGGACUAGUUCCAUUAGUGAGGUUAGUCGGUUGACGGAUGAGCGGAGCGAGAGGAGUGAUGGGGGGGAGUUUGACGAGGAGGAGGAAGGUGGUGAGAAGAGGGUGAGGUAG